CACUUGGAGAAAGGGAUUUUUAGGCUGUACAAUAGACUUUUUUCACAAUAUGACACAUAGCAUUCGAAAGCUACUUCAAUUCAAGCAGCAUAUUUACAUAUCGUGUUUUAAAAAUGUUGAUCCAUCAGUUCUUUCAGAGGUGAAGACCAAGCUAACAGAAGGAGAUUCCAACUAUGACUUUUGCUUUUUGAACACCAGUUGCAUUGUAUCCGAAGAGCAAUUGCUUAACUCAAUUCACAAAGCUCUUUUGAACUAUAAUCAAGGUAAUAUGAGGGCUCGUACAUUGAAUACUGAAAUUAUACUAAGUCUAUCACCAAUCAAUAAUGUAAUGGAUGCAUUGAAGAGAUUCGGAGUGGAUGGUGCUUGUCCUAAUGUAAUUGUAAUAAAGAUAAGUGAGGAAGCUUCAGAGUUGGAAAACCUCGAUGAGUAUUUACAAAACUUAUUGAAGGCAUCGAGGGAGCAAAAUAUAGAAUUAGAUGAUGAUACCCUCUUUCAUGAAUUCCUUGAUUUGAAAAAAUUCAAGAAAUUGUAUAAGUUAAACGAUGCCAGACUUUCGGACGAUAAACCACUUCAAACACAGUUAACAAGACUCGCAAUAAGUGCCUGUCAUUUAAAGGGUUAAUUGAUCUGUUACGUUUAAUGAAACUAUAUAAUAUUAGCUA